AUGGAGGAGCCGCCGAAGGAGGGCGAGGCCGAGGUCGCCGAGGCCGAGCAGGACGAGCAGCUUCGCCCGGAGGUGGAGGACGAGGCGGCCGCGGAGGCAGCGGGGCUGAAGAGCGAGCAGCAGAGGCUGUGGCACCUCUUCCAGAUCUCCGCCACCGCCGUGGCCCAGCUCUACAAGGAUCCCGGCUGCCAGCAGGCAGGACUGUCCAUGUGGGACCCCUUCCAGAACGCGGCCAUGGCCGUGACCAGCCUCUACAAAGAGAGCGGGGAUGCCCACCAGCGAAGUUUUGACCUGGGCGUCCAGGUUGGCUGCCAGCGUCGCAUCAAAGACGUGCUGGAGUGGGUGAAGAAUGGCCGGAGCACCAUCCAACGCGAGGACCUCAUCAGCUUUCUGUGCGGCAAAGUGCCCCCCGCCCCGCCCCCGCCCCCGCCGCGGGCCCCCAGGACGCCCCCGAAGCCGCCCGCCUCGGCCGCCGGCCAGGCCGCGGCCGCCGACGCCGGCUCGGCCGUCGAGGUCGACCUGCAGCCUUUCCACGAGGCCAUCGCCCUGCACGGCCUCAGCGGUGCCAUGGCGAGCAUCAGCGUGAAGCCCGGCGCGCCCGGCUCCCCGUCCCAGGCCAGUGGUGUCACCGGCGGCGUGGCCGGCGGCGGGCGCCGGAAAAGUGGCCUGCUGGAGGACGACCCGAACCCCUCCAACUCCGAAGAACUGGCCCUCCGCCUGGACGGCGGGGGGACCCGCAAGCGCCCCUCGGCCCAGUGCGGCGACGGUGUCACAGACUCCCCGAGCCACAAGCGCAACCGACUGUUCUGAGCCGCGUCGUUGGCCACCAGCCGCCAUCUUACUUGACCGUUAACUGGACCUUCAGCGUGCUCGUCGAAAGGACACUCAAGACUGUCUCUUUCUUCUCCAAGUUCAACAGAGAUUUCUGCCAAGUUUGCCCUAAGAAACUUUUAAAGUACUCUCCCAGAGGCCUUGGAUGGCUCUGGCUUUGCCAAGAAUAUAAUUCUAGCAGAGAAGAAGUAUUAUGUAGUAGUUAGCAAGAUCAGAAGACUACCCGGUCAGAGCGGGAGCCUGGUUUAUCUUGUUCACAGUGAUAUUCCUUAGCACCCAGCACAGUUGCUGGAGCUCAAUAAAUGUUUGUUGAAUGAA